UAUGACAUACGGGCUACAGCCAUGGCGGAUUCAGAACUAGCAGGAAAGCUUGGAAGGCAGAGUGACAUAAAUGAGGGCCAAAUACAGCCAACUAAGGUUUCCCAAUCUGUGUACGCAGAAUUCAAGGAGUUCUCCAUACAAGAAAUCAAAGAGUAUCGCAAAGUCUUUCAGAAGUACGAUACUGACCGUAGUAAUUUUAUUGACUUUAUGGAGUUGAAGUUGAUGAUGGAAAAGCUAGGGUCUCCACAGACCCAUUUGUCACUGAAAGCGAUGAUCAAAGAAGUCGAUGAAGACAAUGAUGGUCAGAUCAGUUUUAGAGAGUUUAUGCUUAUUUUUCGUAAAUCUCGUUCCGGGGAACUGCAAUGUGAAGGUCUUGCACAGAUUGCACAAACUUGCAAUGUUGCUGAAGAGGGUGUGUCAGGAGCCAAGAGUUUCUUUGAGGCUAAAGUAAAAGAGCAGACUUCUGCAGCAAAAUUUGAGCAAGAAAUCAAGGAAGAACAAGAAAGGAAGAAGAGAGAAGCUGAAGAGAGUGCACAAAGGCGAGCUGCAUUUAAAGAAAAAGCUUCUAUGUUUAAGUAGUUUAGAAGUAUGGCACUGUCUUAUAUCUAAUUGAUUUCAUUCAGCAGAAUAUUGCUGUAGGACACAACACUGCAUUGCUUGAUUUAUUCUGUUCUUGCACGUUUGUGAUUUUUGAAAUGAUUUGGUUUAAUAUUUGCUUGAGCAGCUGUAAA